AGAGGCCAGUGUGGGUAGGGGCGGGACUCCCGGCCUGAGGCGGAGAGACGCGGCCUCCGCAAGGAGCGGGCCUUUCUCUGGGGCUCCUGCCUGCGGGCGCUGCGUAUUGUCGGGCCAGCGGUUCACCCCUCUCUAUGGUUCCUCCUCUCAGCUCUUCCGGGUCAGCUAGUAACCUUGGUAACGGACAGCUUCCGACGCGCGGGAUCCUGGGGUAGAGCGAUGGCGGAGCCGGGACUCGGAGCCGAGCCGGCUUCACCAUUCCCAAUAGCUACAGAACCUCAGAAACCCCGCCCAAGAAAAGUGCCAGAGCUGCCAAUCUUGGAGAGAAGGAACUGGCUGAUACACCUGCACUAUAUCUGCAAAGAUUAUGAUGCAUGUAAGAUUGCUAUCAAAGAGCAACUCCACGAGACUCAGGGAAUGUGUGAAUAUGCAGUCUAUGUUCAAGCUUUGAUAUUUCGCUUAGAAGGGAAGAUUCAAGAAUCUCUAGAACUUUUUCAGACAUGUUCCAUUCUAAAUCCUCAGAGUGCUGACAACCUCAAACAGGUGGCGCGAUCAUUGUUUCUGUUGGGGAAACACAAAGCAGCUAUUGAAGUAUACAAUGAAGCCGCUAAACUAAACCAGAAAGAUUGGGAGAUCUGCCACAACUUGGGCGUGUGCUACAUGUACCUGAAGCAUUUCAACAAGGCAAAAGACCAGCUGAACAAUGCCUUGCAGCUCAACAGGCAUGAUCUGACAUACAUGAUGCUGGGAAAAAUUCACCUGCUGCAAGGGGAGACCGACAAAGCCAUCGAAGUCUAUAAGAAAGCAGUGGAGUUUUCUCCAGAAAACACAGAGCUCCUUACGACCCUGGGUUUACUCUAUUUGCAGCUUGGGGUUUAUCAGAAGGCAUUUGAACAUCUUGGAAAUGCACUUACAUAUGAUCCCACCAAUUAUAAGGCUAUCUUGGCAGCUGGCAGUAUGAUGCAGACUCACGGAGAUUUUGAUGUAGCCCUCACCAAGUACAGGGUAGUAGCCUACACCAUGCCUGAAAGCCCCCCAUUAUGGAACAACAUUGGAAUGUGCUUCUUCGGCAAGAAGAAAUACGUGGCAGCUAUCAGUUGCCUGAAGCGAGCCAACUACUUAGCUCCCUUUGACUGGAAGAUUCUGUACAAUUUGGGGCUAGUCCACCUGACAAUGCAGCAGUAUGCAUCUGCUUUCCACUUUCUCAGCGCCGCUGUCAGUUUCCAGCCCCGGAUGGGAGAUCUCUACAUGCUCCUGGCAGUGGCUCUGACAAACCUCGAAGAUGUUGAGAAUGCAAAACGAUCCUAUGAGCAAGCUGUAGCGCUGGACCAGUGCAAUCCCCUGGUCAAUCUGAACUACGCUGUGCUGCUCUACAACCAGGGGGAUAAGAAGGGAGCACUAUUCCAAUACCAUGAGAUGGAGAAGAAGGUCAACUCCCUGAAGGAGAACAGCGCUCUCGACUUUGACCCUGAAAUGGUGGAUGUGGCCCAGAAGGUGGGAGCUGCUCUUCAGGCAGGGGAGAGUCUAGUCUGGACUAAACCCAUCAAAGAUUCCAAAUCAAAGCAGCGAGCCGCUACAUCUAGCAAACCCUCCAGCACUCAGCAACCUCUGGGCUCUAACCAAGCCUUGGGUCAGGCCAUGUCUUCAGCAGCUGGGUAUGGGAAGACUAUGCAGCUUUCUACAGGUGCUGGAGCAUCGGCUCCCCUUGCAAAGCCCCCGUCGCUGCCUCUGGAACCUGAACUGGGCUCAGAAACAGGCCCCGAAGAGACCACGGUCCCUACAGAGCCCCAAGAACGGAGAAAAGAGAAGCGCAAAAGCAGGCUGACCACAGACUAGAACAGCAGCACUGGAUGAGCUGGGCAGGCAUGGGGGCCUGCUGGAGCAAAAAUCUUCGCUGCCACCCCUUAACUCAAGCAUACCAUGAGCUUAGGCGAAAUGCAGCCGAUACAGUGACAUUACCACCUGGCCUCAUCCUUAUCUCAGUGAUUCUUUACUCCAUGGCACCCAGAAGAGAUUCUGAUGAGCUGCUGUGCUACUGCAUGAGAGAACAGAGGUGCAAUCCCUUACUUCCUUGAGGGAGGGGCUGCUGUAGCAUUGCACACAGUGCUUAGGUGCUGAAUCACUAAGAUGGACUGAGUCAAUAGGAUGGUUUAGCGAGGGCCAACUACAGUGACUGUGCAGCUUUUAAAGCAGUAGCUUGGACCAGUUCUUUAAUUAGAACCCAGAGAGGAUCAUGCCCCUUUAGCAAGUGAGCCUUUUAGCUGGCUCAGAAGAAGCUCUACCAGCCCCUUGUAGUAAGGUCAGUGGAAGAAAUGGAGGAGGGGAGAAGCUGGAAAAAUUAAUAGGACAAGUGAGUGAAAGACAGAUCAGUCCAAGGAGUGAAACAACCCUGAAUGCAGGCCUGGAGGAGAGGCUACUCUCCAUUGCUCAAAGGGAGAUGUGUGCAACCUGCAUGCCUGUUUACCAAGCCCAGCCUCUUGUCGGGCUUGUCCAAAUGCUGGGGAAAGCAUUUCCAGCCCCCUUUCCUCAGGCAGCUAGCUGCAAGGCCAUCUGCCUGGUACAUUGGGAGAGGAGCUCCCUCCCUCAGAGCUGUUCGCAGUGCUGUCAGUCCUGCAAGGUAGAGGUGACAGGGACUGGGAGGGAGCAGACUUCUCUGUAAUAGACUCACCCUUUAGCCGGUAGCAAAUGAAAGGAGACUGGACUUUCAUCCACAAUGUAAGCCUCUUGCUGGUUUCACUCCAGGGCGCUCUGGCUGGCAGAGUUACAGCAGGCAGGGGGCACUUUGAUAUCCUACUAACACGCGGCCUUAGUUUGGUGGGAGUUUUAAAGAGUGUGGAGUAAUUUGCCUUCAACACCCAGCUCUCCUAGAAGUUACUAGCACCUUGAGCAGGUUGAUUUCUCUGUUUGUUCUGCUGGUGAUGGGCUGGAACCAAUUCCAUUCCCCCAGUCACUAAGUGAGAAGGGACAGGCUGACAGAGCCAAACAGAACUGGAAAGAGUGGCGGCUUUAAUUUCUGCCUUUUCCAGCAUCCCUGGGGAAAUUACAGUUAUAACCUCUUUUGGAACUUACAUCCGUGGAGAGUUCUCUUCCUGAAAAGUAGAUUCAUAGCCUCAGGAAAGCUGGGUGGUAUCAGGCAUGAGGAUGUGUUGAAACUGAGAAUUAGCCUGUUUCCUUAGGGUCACUUACCUUCUGAUCCCCUCCCUCCUUCCCUCCCCCAUAAGUUAAAUCCUGUUGACACUAACUGGUCUAAUUUUAAUAAAGCCAUUGAGGUUGGACAACCUCGGUAGUGACCAUCUCUACAGAUCCAUCAGUUCCAACCCUUUCCAGACUCAGCUGCAGUCCACAACGGAGAUCUGGUAUCUUGUUUGUUUUUUAAACUUCAAUCCAUUCAGCCCUGUACAUGCUGGGAGGGGAAAGAUUAUUAGCACUAAAGAAAUGGCUGUAACCC